AUGAGUAGAAAAGCAAAGACGAAUGUUUUAAGUGUUGCCUCACAGCUUCCAUUAGUUAUUAAAACAGGAAAAUACCACGUAGGGUUCAGACAGACCAUGAGUUCACUGAUAAAUGAAACAAGCAAGUACAUUAUUCUUACCAAGAACUACCCAGAGGUAAAGAAAAUGCAGGUAGAGUACUACGCCAAACUUGGAGGAAAUGUACCAGUAUACAUGUUUGAUGGAUCUAACAGAGACUUAGCAAACUUGUGCGGAGCUCACUUUAGAAUGGGAGUUAUUUCUAUUCUGGAUGAUGGAGAAGCAGACCUUAUCCAAUUAACCGAAUAAAAAGCAUAAUGUGGU